UCAUCUCCACCUAUUAUUCUCUUACGUCUCCAACCAAUCAUAUAUAUAUACAGAUCGAUAAUCACAUAUCCAUUAUUUUCAUUCCUUUCUUCUUUCAUUCUCUUUUCCUUCAACCUCAAACUUUACUCUUCAAAUCCACCAAUUUCGAACAUGGCCUGCCUGGUAUCUCGCUCGGGAAGGGAAUUGCAGAGGUACAACAACAUGGGUGGCCGCCAAGUUGUUGGGUGAGUUUGGUUUGGUGGCUUCGUUUUUGUUUCUAGUACUGUGUCCUGUCGCGUCUGCCAAAAAUGUUUGCUUUUAUUGUUCACGUGGGUUAAUUCGUUUUCUAUAAAAGUUGCUGGAUCGGUAGGUCCAUGGUGGCGCACUUUCUUUUUGGAUCUUCCCGUUUUUGUUUUGGCAUUGAAAAGGGUCGGAAUAGAUCCAAGUUCAUUAAUUACUCCAUCGUUUUGUUUGUUUGUUUCGGUGUACUUGACUGGGUUUUUAUAAUGUUCAGGUGCAUACCUUAUAGAUAUAAAGAAGACGUAGAUGGUAACAUGAGUGACGAAUUGGAAGUACUGGUCGUUAGUUCUCAGAAAGGCCAAGGAUUCAUGUUCCCUAAGGGAGGAUGGGAACUCGAUGAAUCUGUAGAAGAAGCAGCUUGUAGGGAAUCUCUUGAAGAAGCAGGAGUAUUGGGAAUUAUUGAGCAUGAAUUGGGGCAGUGGUAUUUCAUCAGCAAAAGACAUGGCAUAUACUAUGAAGGACACAUGUUCCCCAUGUUUGUCAAGGAACAGCUUGACACGUGGCCGGAGAAAGAUUUACGGAGAAGAAUUUGGAUGACUGUUGGUGAAGCUAGAGAAGUUUGUCAGCAUUGGUGGAUGAAGGAGGCAUUAGAUAUAUUGGUUCAAAGAAUAAUGUUGUCUUCAGAACAAGGAAAAAAGGAUAUGGUUUUGGAUGAUUCUUUAGGUUUUUAAAGAGUUUAGUUACUGUAGGGUAGGCCAGAAUUUCAUAAAUUGAGUUAUAGAAAACUGUAGAGAAAAAUGGAGCUGCAAUUUUAAUGCAACUUUAACGUUACACAUUUACACAACUUAGCACUCACUUCCAAGAGUUAAAUAGUUUCGUAUUAGACCUUCCCCUUGUUUUUUUGUUAUAUAUUUUUUUAUUGAAUGUAUACUCCAUAAGGUGUGAAUCCUAUCGAUGAAGUACAAACCCUCCUUC